GGGGGUAGGCCGUCCAACGGAUGGUGGGACCCGGUCGCCGAACAAGGUGUUGAAAGUGCAGACGACGGGGAAAGGUUCAGCUCAGCCGCUUUGCCGACCCUCUGCUUUUGUUUGGGUUCGACGCUGCCUCUGUUUUUUUGUGGCUAAAAGGAGCAGUAUCGGCUAGUGGAAAGCAAGCACGAUGGCAGGGAGAUUUUUGCCCCUCCUCCUGCAGACGUCUCCUCCUUGAAUCAGACACACCACGCCACACCACCAGGCAGGAAAAGGAGGCAGGAGAAGAGAAGGCUCUCCUCCUUGUAGCAGGCAUCAUCGGUUCUAUCAGCAAGCAAUUCAGGUUGGCAGGGCGCAAAGAAAUUGGGGAUUUUUCCCUGUGCAGUCAGUGUUCUUGGAGACGGGCAUGCGCCGCGUUCGAGUCUCGUCUCACCACUCUCCGGUCCAGAAGCUGGGCGAUUCCGACAUGAAGCUGACGCCCAGGUUCCGGCUCGCCGGCACCACCUCACCGUCCUCAACCGAACCGGAGCAGCAACCUCCAUGGGAGACGCCCCUCAUCCCGGGCCUCCCGGACGACGCGGCGCUCAACUGCCUCCUCCGGCUGCCCGUGGAGGCCCACGGCGCCUGCAGGCUCGUGUGCCGCCGCUGGCGCCACCUGCUGGCCGACAAGGCGCGCUUCUUCACGCACCGCAAGGCCAUGGGCCUCCGCUCGCCCUGGCUCUUCACGCUCGCCUUCCACCGCUGCACGGGCAAGAUCCAGUGGAAGGUGCUGGACCUCGACUCCCUCGCCUGGCACGCCAUCCCCGGCAUGCCCUGCCGGGACCGGGCCUGCCCCCGCGGCUUCGGCUGCAUCGCCGUCCCCGGCGAGGACGCCGCCCACCUGCUCGUCUGCGGCGGGCUCGUCUCCGACAUGGACUGCCCGCUGCACCUGGUGCUGAAGUACGACGUUUGCAAGAACCGCUGGACCGUCGUGCCCCGGAUGCUCUCGGCGCGCUCCUUCUUCGCCGGCGGCGUCAUCGACGGCCGCGUGUACGUCGCCGGGGGAUACAGCACGGACCAGUUCGAGCUGGACUCGGCGGAGGUCCUCGACCCGGUGAACGGCGUGUGGCAGCCGAUCGCCAGCAUGGGCGCCAACAUGGCCUCCUCGGACUCCGCCGUCGUCGGCGGCAGGCUCUACGUCACCGAGGGCUGCGCGUGGCCCUUCUUCUCGUCGCCGAGAGGGCAGGUGUACGACCCCAAGGCCGACCGCUGGGAGGCGAUGCCGGCCGGGAUGCGCGAGGGGUGGACGGGGCUCAGCGUGGUCAUCGACGGACGCCUCUUCGUCAUCUCCGAGUACGAGAGGAUGAAGGUGAAGGUCUACGAUCCGGAGACGGAUUCCUGGGAUCCUGUGGACGGGCCUCCCAUGCCCGAGCGGAUCAUGAAGCCUCUGUCCGUGAGCUGCCUGGAGAGCAAGAUCGUCGUCGUCGGCCGUGGUCUCCAUGUGGUCAUCGGCCAUGUCAAGAAGCAAUCUUCUUGUGAUUACUUGGUUCGUUGGCAGGAUGUGGAGGUUCCCAGGGCGUUCAGCGAUCUCACGCCUUCAAGCAGUCAGAUUCUACAUGCUUAACUCUUCUGCCUCUAGAAUAAAUAAAAGCUCUCUUAAUCUGCCAAAAGAAAAGCCCUGUUUGAUGCUUCUGUAUGUUAUUGUUAUUAGUAGACUCUUUCUUGCUGUCAUCUUGUAUAAUCUGCAAAUGAUGAUGUAUCGGUAAAGAAACAAUUCGAGACUGUACUAGAUGUUUCUGGGUACUGAACUAAACUGAACUGUUGCAUUUCA